GGGUGAGUUUGGGGGCUGCGGGGCGUGCGGCAGGCUGUCCGCACCGGGUGGCUGUGGGAAAGCUGGCAUUGCCCCACUGGGGAUGUCCUUGCUUUUCCAGCAGCCACAGCGAGCGCAGGCAUCGCAGAGGACGUGGUUGACACCGACAUCGACGAUCUGCUCACGUGGAUCAGUGGUGAGUUUUUGGUCUGCAGGGGUGGUGGGUUGGGUGUCCGGAGUAGUGGCAUUGCCCCCGUGGGGAUUUUCUUGCCUUCUCCAGACAUGACAUCCAACGCAGACAUCCCGGUCGACAGCGCGGAGAUCGAUGAUAUCCUGACGUGGAUCAGCAACGAAGGGACACCCAGCUCAGGCAAUCCUGAUGACAGCAUGGAUCUCGACGGUUUGCUCAGCUGGAUCGUUGAAGCGUCGAGUCCUCGGGAGGUCCCCCAGCAGGCGUUCCCAGCCGUCCCCAGCAGGCUCAGCACCUCUCCUUUCAUCAGAGCCCUCCGUGACCGUCCCAGCGGCAGCAGGGAGCUCAGCGGAGAGGCGCAGGCUGACGCCGGGCCCCUCAGCGAGCCGUUCUCGGGGCAGCCAGCAUCCUCUGGGCAGCUCUCUGAGCCGCUGCCCUGCGGGCAUCUGAUGGAAGAGGCGCGGCAGAGGCAGCCCCGGGUGGUUCUCACCCGCCUGGCACUGCCGACCCCCCUGGCUGCCCCCGCACCUCUGUUGCCCCGCACUGCACAUCUGAUCCAAGAUGUGCAGCGGAGGCAGCCCCGGGUGCUUCUCACUCGCCUGGCACUGCCACCCGGCUGCAUCUCCUGCCACAUGCCUGAGAACCACCACGGGGACGGCAGCGAGCCGGCUGAGUGCCCAAUGCCCGCCUGCACCACCAGGAAAGGCAAGAGCAGAGGGCACGAGCAGCACACUGGCCGCAUCCCAGGCAGAAAGAGGAAGGUGCCGCUGGGCCAGGACGCUCCAGGACAGAAACGCCGGCGCUAGGCGAAGCUGGGUGGGCUCAGCCCGAGCAGGAGCGUCCGCAGAAACCGGC